CUUGCUUCUGCAAACCCUUCCUUUCCUCAUCUCCCUUUUCCCUUUCCUUUUUCAUUCGUCUUUCAGCUGAGUUGUCAUCAUCUUGGUCUCUACCCAUCAAUUAUUCAUUCCGCAACUCUCGCUUUAUUUUACUAUUCCGCUUUCCAGCUAGAUAUCCCAUCAUGGCUCACCGAAUCGGCCGCAGAAAGAAUGUCAAGAAGGGAUUUCAGUUUACCCUUAUGGUUGUCGGUGCAUCAGGUCUCGGGCGCACGACCUUUAUCAACACGCUGUGCGAUGCCGAUGUUGUUCCCAAGCGAGAAUGCGAUGAGCCAGAGAUGGCCCAUAUCGAGGAAGGCAUCAAGAUCAAGCCCUACACUGUCGAGCUCGACGAGGACGGUGUCAAGAUCUCAUUGACUAUUGUCGAUACUCCAGGGUUCGGAGACAUGAUCGACAACGAGUACUGCUUCCAAGAGAUCCUUGGAUACCUUGAAAGACAGUACGAUGACAUCUUGUCGGAAGAGUCCAGGAUCAAGCGUAAUCCACGUUUUCGUGAUAACCGCGUCCAUGCGCUUCUCUAUUUUAUUGCUCCUACUGGUCACAGUCUGCGAGAGAUUGAUAUCGAGUUAAUGAAACGUCUGAGUCCCAGAAUCAAUGUGAUCCCCGUUGUUGGCAAGGCCGAUACGCUCACGCCGAGCGAGUUGGCAGAUUUCAAAAAAAGGAUCAUGGAAGAUAUUGAACACUACAACAUCCCAAUUUAUAAUUUCCCUUAUGAUCCUGAGGAGGACGAUGAGGAGACUGUAGAGGAAAACAGCGAACUCCGAUCUUUGCUUCCAUUCGCGUUGAUCGGCUGCGAGGAAGAGAUCGAAGUAAAUGGUCGUAAGGUUCGGGCCCGCCAGUAUCCAUGGGGUGUCGUUGAAGUCGACAACUCGCAGCAUUGUGACUUUGCAAAGCUCAGAUUCGCGUUGCUCAGCUCGCAUCUGCAGGAUCUUAAAGAGAUCACUCAUGACUACCUCUACGAGAACUAUCGUACCGAGAAGCUGUCGCGUGUUGAGGAUGAGUCGGAGUAGGUAAACUACCACAAUCAACGACCACGAUUUGUCGCAUCCUCAGCAGCCUUUAGAAAUACCUGCUGUUAUUUUCUUUGCGUAUUAAAGGAAAUGAAUAUCUGUCAUUUUUGAACGAUCAGAGGACGCAAACG